AAAAGUUUUCUGACGUUCUCUUCUUUCAUCGAUUCCCCCGACUUCUUUAAAGAAGAUUCAGAUCACCAAAAGCAAAGCAUCCACCGCCUUUCAUCGCCAUGGACGCCAUUGAUUCCGUCGUUGAUCCUCUCAGAGACUUCGCCAAGGAUAGCAUCCGUCUCGUUAAGCGUUGCCACAAACCAGAUCGCAAAGAGUUCACGAAAGUUGCAGUUCGCACGGCGAUAGGGUUUGUAGUGAUGGGAUUCGUUGGCUUCUUUGUGAAACUCAUCUUUAUUCCCAUCAACAACAUCAUCGUCGGCGCCACUUAGGAAUCAAGGAAUAGAGUUUUGAGAGAGAGAAAUUAGAGUUUUGCUGUUACAAGAAGUCACAUGUCAGUUCAAUGUUUUAUGCAAUCGGAUUCCAUUUGUUUCUAUGUUUUUCUUUCUUUCUUGAUUUGUUCACAACUGAAAAAUCGGAAUUGUCUUGAAUGUAGCGCAAACUAAAUUCAGGAAGUUAUGACCUAGGAUCAUAUAUACA